AUGUCUUCUAGUCGCCAACAGAUCGACUCCGUCAUCGACGAUGACGAUGAGUUCUGCCCCCUUUGCAUCGAAGAGUUCGACCUCUCGGACAAGAACUUUAAACCAUGUCCCUGUGGAUAUCAGAUCUGCCAAUUCUGUUACAACAACAUCAAAACCCACAGCGAAGAAGGUCGAUGCCCAAACUGUCGCCGUCCUUACGAUGACAGCACCAUUCAAUACAAGAUUCCCGAUGCGGAGGAAUUCAAAGCCGACUUGGCACUGAAGCAUAGGAAGGCCGCAGCCGCUAAGAAGAAGGAAGCCGAAAAGCGCGAAAUUGAAGCUUCCAGCCGCAAGAACCUAGCGGGUGUUCGCGUCGUUCAAAAGAACCUGGUCUACGUCAUCGGCCUCAACCCGACAAUUCGCGACGAGAAUCAGCUGCUACAGACACUCCGCGGGCGCGAAUACUUUGGUCAAUAUGGCGAUAUUGAGAAAAUUGUGGUCAGCAAGGCUAAGCCCGGUGGCAACCCUCAUCAGGGAAUCGGUGUCUACGUCACCUUUUCGCGGAAGCUCGAUGCUGCCACUUGUAUUGCGGCUGUGGACGGCUCUUCGAACGGCGACCGUGUUCUAAGGGCUCAAUAUGGAACCACCAAAUAUUGUUCCUCUUUCCUCCGCAACGAGCAGUGCAACAACCGCAACUGCACCUUCCUUCAUGAGACGGGAGAAGACAGUGAAAGCUACAGCCGAUCUGAUCUUUCGUCUAUGAACACAUUGUCCAGUCAGCGGCCAAGUCACCCACAACAAAACCCUCCCCAUGUCCGUCCGGUUCAGCCCAUUACGCAUACCAUGCGUCGACAACCCAGCAAGGAUGACUCGCUUAGUGGACGAUCAGGCGCUCCCGACGGACCUGCGCUCCCCUCAUCUGCUAGCUGGGCAAACAAGGAUGCCGCCAUUCGGACUAGACGAGCUAGUUUGACUGGCAGCCAGGCAUCCCAAAGCCCACGACCUGCGAGCGUUACUGUUGCCACGCCUGCUGAAGAACCUAGGCGUAUUGAGAGAGUCGAGAGACCGUCUCCAGUCGCUCAGGAAGCGCCACGGACAUCUCAGCCUGUUUCCCGGUCCCCGAUUCUUCAGCCUCCGGUCCAUCACGUCCAGCCUCCGUCUCCCGAACCGCCAGCGCCCACUCCUUUCGAUAACCUCGUCAAAGAUCUCAUGAACCCUAACUUCAAGUUCAUUUUCUCCACUGCCGAUCUGCCAGAUGAGGAGGUCAAGGCGAUCCAGUCAUACCCGUCGUUCAUCGAUCCAUAUGGCGGUGUCAAGCGCCGAGCGAUGCGAGAAAAGGCCGAACAGGACCGUUUGAAGCGCGAGCAGGAGUUACUUCAGUCUGCGGUUGUCGAGGAGGAAAGUCGUGAGGCUGGUAGCUUGCAGCUUGGUGGGGAGCCAGAGGAGUCUAAUCCCCCGCGAGGCCCACAACAGUCCCGUGAAUCGCACGGCGCCAUUCAGCCUCCUUCCCAGCAAGGUACCGCCGAUAACUCAACAGUUGGCUCACCAGUGUCUGCGACGAGUCACCAGUUCCAAGGGCUGAACUUGGCAGGCCGAAGCUUGACACCCUUGCAGCAGCAGCAACUGAUGCUGCUCAAAUCCGCUGGUAACCAACAAGCUGGUAUUGCCGACCAUUUGAGCUCUGCUGCUCUGGAGCAAGCCACCCAGCUUCGCCAAGGCCUGUUGCAUAACCAGAUGGCACAGUUCAACGCCCUGCAGGGUCAGAGCCGCCAAUCCUCCCGGUUCACCUUUGCUAAUGAUGUCGGCUCCAAGAAUAUCAGCAACGCACGCAUGCUGAGCCAGAUGCAGGCCGGGACCCCCAACCCAUUGUCUGCCCCUAGUCCCCAGCAUGUUCUUGCGGGUGGAUUUUAUGCAAGCGGCGUUCAAGGUCCUCCCCCCGGCUUGAAGACAGCUGGAACUCCUCCGAUCAGCGGUGGUGGUAUGUUUGCACAAGGUCAUGGCUUUACUGCCAACGCCAAUAUUGGACUGGGUUCCAACAUGGGAAAGCAAGAGGCGACGCCUGAGUUGAUGCGUGAAUUACUUCGUGGCCGAGGAGGCGGCACGAAUCUCGGUGGUGUACAGGGCCAGGAGGCCGCAAAGCGUGAGUUCAUGUUUCCUUUUCUUCAACAGCACCCCACCCCACCUCCCCUGACUCCCGUCAACGGCCUUCUCAGCUCUUUCUAUGGGUCCCAGACAAGUUCCGUACUUGACUCUGGCGGCGCACAGAAGCAGAAGAAGAAGGGGAAGAAGCAGAGACACGCUAACACUUCCUCCGGUGGAGGCGGUGUAGUAGAUCUUGCGGACCCGAGCAUCUUGCAGGCGAGGAUGCAUCAGGUCGGUGCCAAUGCUACUGCUGGGCAGGCGUUGUACGGGAGCCAGGGUCAAGGUGGGUACAACCCCUCGAUGAUGUAUGGCGGCGGUGGUUUUAGCCGCUGGUGA